AGAGAGAAAGAGAGAGAGAGAGAGAGAGAGAGAGAGGAGGGAGCCGUGCAGUGGCAUCCUUUUCUGCCUAUCACUCUCUCACUCGACACGGUGAGAGCCACAGGACUCAUGCUGUCCUCCAGCACACCCACACACAGACAGUGAGAGAAAGAAGAUAGAAACAGGGAGAGAGAGAGAGAGAGAGUGAAACAGAGAGACUGAAUAGAAAGUCGCCAAAUAAAAACGGAAGGAUUUCUUAUUCUGAUUUCUCCUGAGGAGCUGCAAAUAACCCUCGGAGAAGGAUGGCAGAAGGAGAGGGAGGAGAGGAGGAGAUCCUGUUCCUGAGGACGGGUGACCAGGUAGUGCUGCAAUGCACUGCAACUGUUCUGAAGGAAAACAUCAAGCUGUGCCUCUCCUGUGAGGGUUUUGGGAACAGACUCUGUUUCCUGGAGACAACAUCCAAUGCCCAGAAUGUUCCGCCCGACUUGGCCAUCUGUUCCCUCAUCCUGGAGCAGUCCCUCUCCGUGCGAGCUCUCCAGGAGAUGCUGGCCAAAAGGGUGGAUAUGUCUGAGGCAGUCGAUUUGGACCAAUGGUCAUCCCAAGGAGGAGGCCAUCGAACACUGCUUUAUGGUCACGCCAUCCUGCUGAGACACUUUCAUUCUAGCAUGUAUCUCAGUUGCUUGACCACAUCGCGCUCACUCACAGAUAAGCUGGCCUUUGAUGUGGGCCUACAGGAAGACUCCACAGGUGAGGCAUGUUGGUGGACCAUCCACCCUGCUUCCAAACAGAGGUCGGAGGGUGAGAAGGUCAGGGUCGGUGAUGAUCUCAUCCUGGUCAGUGUGUCAUCUGAGAGAUACCUGCAUCUGUCCGUUGCCAGUGGUGACCUCAUGGUAGACGCAUCCUUCAUGCAGACGCUCUGGAACAUGAAUCCUGUCUGCUCGGGGUGUGAGCUUGGCGAGGGGUUUGCCACAGGAGGGCAGGUCCUCCGAUUGUUCCAUGGCCACAUGGAUGAGUGUUUGGCCAUACCCCCACCUGACCAAAGAGAGGGCCAGAGCAUGAUUGCUCAGUACGAGGGAGGUGCUGUUUGCAGUCAGGCCCGUUCUCUCUGGAGACUGGAGCCUCUGAGAAUCAGCUGGAGUGGCAGUCACACAAAGUGGGGUUCACCCUUCCGUGUGCGUCACAUUACCACUGGGCACUACAUGUGCCUGGAUGAGGAGAAAGGCCUGAUGGUGUUGGACCCAGAGCGAUCAAACACAAAACUGUCUGCCUUCUGUUUCCGGGUGACAAAGGAGAAGGUGGAUGUAGCUAAGAAGCGUGAAGUUGAGGGCAUGGGAAUACCUGAGAUCAAAUAUGGCGAGUCGUUGUGCUUUAUGCAGCAUGUGUCCACAGGGCUGUGGCUCACAUACGCCGCCCUAGAUGCCAAAGCUGCCCGUCUGGGAAAAACCCAGAGAAGGGCCAUACUGCACCAGGAGGGACAUAUGGAUGAUGCCGUCUCUCUGUCUCGCUCACAGGCGGAAGAGUCUCAAGCCUCUAGAAUGAUAUACAGCACUACAGGCCUCUUCAGAGUCUUCAUCAAGGGUUUGGACUCACUGAGUGGGAAAAACAAAUCCCCAGGCAGCGUCUCUCUGCCCCUGGAUAGUGUCAUCCUCUCCUUGCAGGAUCUCAUUUUCUACUUCAGCCCCCCUGAGGAAGAGCUGGAACAUGAGGAGAAACAGACCAAACUGCGAUCACUCCGUAACCGCCAGAAUCUCUUCCAAGAAGAGGGUAUGAUCACCAUUGUUCUGGAAUGUAUAGACCGUCUGAAUGUGUACAACACUGCUGCCCACUUCUCUGAGUUUGCUGGUGAAGAGGCCGCUGAGUCAUGGAAGGAGAUUGUCAACUUGCUCUAUGAGCUCCUGGCCUCUUUGAUCAGAGGAAACCGUUCAAACUGUGCCCUCUUCUGUGAUAAUCUGGACUGGCUGGUUAGCAAACUGGAUCGCCUUGAGGCCUCUUCUGGUAUUUUGGAGGUGUUGUACUGCAUUCUGAUUGAGAGUCCUGAGGUUCUGAACAUAAUUCAGGAGAACCACAUCAAGUCGAUCAUUUCCCUCCUGGACAAACAUGGUCGGAAUCAUAAGGUUCUGGAUGUGUUGCGCUCUCUCUGUGUGUGUAAUGGUGUAGCUGUGAGGUCCAACCAGAACCUAAUCACAGAAAAUCUGCUUCCUGGUCGUGACCUUCUGCUGCAAACCAAUAUAGUUAAUUAUGUAACCAGUGUGCGGCCCAAUAUUUUCCUGGGGACAUGUGAGGGAUCCACCCAGUACAAGAAGUGGUACUUUGAGAUGAUGGUGGAUUAUGUGGAGGCCUUUGUGACCGCUCAGGCCACUCAUCUCCGAGUGGGCUGGGCAAUGACCGAGGGCUUCAGCCCUUACCCUGGUGGUGGAGAAGGCUGGGGAGGCAAUGGAGUUGGAGAUGAUCUUUAUUCUUAUGGCUUUGAUGGCCUGCAACUGUGGUCUGGGCAUGUUACUCGCCAGGUGGCAUCACCCGGGCAGCACACACUGGCAGCUGAUGAUGUGGUGAGCUGCUGUCUGGACCUGAGUGUUCCGAGCAUCUCCUUCCGCAUCAACGGCCAUCCUGUGCAGGGCAUGUUUGAGAACUUCAACUUAGACGGCCUCUUCUUCCCAGUCAUCAGCUUCUCAGCGGGAGUGAAGGCUCGCUUCCUUUUGGGUGGCCGUCAUGGGGACUUCAAGUUCCAGCCUCCCCCUGGUUAUUCCCCGUGCUACGAGGCACUGCUUCCCAAAGACCGGAUGCGCAUUGAGCCCAUUAAGGAGUACAAGCAUGACUUUGAGGGGGUGCGCAACCUGCUGGGCCCAACACAGUCCCUCUCACACACAUCAUUCACUCCAUAUCCUGUGGACACUGCUCAGAUUGUGUUACCUCCUCACCUGGAGCGAAUCCGGGAGAAGCUAGCUGAGAACAUCCAUGAGCUGUGGGCGGUGACACGUAUCGAGCAGGGAUGGACUUACGGAAUAUUUAGGGAUGACAAUAAGAAGCUACACCCCUGCCUGUUGGAUUUCAAUGGUUUACCAGAGCCAGAACGGAACUAUAACCUUCAGAUGUCUGCAGAAACUCUGAAAACACUGCUGGCUCUGGGGUGCCAUGUAGGCAUGGGGGAUGAAAAAGCAGAGGAGAAUCUGAAAAAGGUCAAACUGCCUAAAACCUACGUGAUGAGUAAUGGAUUCAAGCCUGCCCCAUUAGACCUCAGUCAUGUCAAACUGACCCCCAAUCAGAACCAGCUUGUAGAGAAGCUUGCUGAAAAUGGACACAAUGUUUGGGCGAGGGAUCGAGUGAGGCAGGGCUGGACCUACAGCAUCGUCCAGGAUAUAAUGAAUAAGCGAAACCCUCGUCUGGUGCCUUACAUCCUGCUGGACGAGAGAACAAAGAAAACCAACCGAGACAGUGUCAAUAAUGCUGUUCGCACUCUCAUUGGCUACGGAUACAACAUUGAGCCCCCUGACCAGGAGAGCAGUGGUCACGGAGUUGAUAACAGUCGUGGAGAUAAAGUGCGCGUCUUCCGAGCAGAGAAAAACUAUGCGGUUACCCAGGGAAAAUGGUACUUUGAGUUUGAAGUGAUGACAACGGGUGAGAUGAGAGUUGGUUGGGCCAGACCUAACGUCCACGCAGACACAGAGCUGGGGGCCGAUGAGCUGGCCUAUGUCUUCAAUGGAUGCAGAGCUCAGAAGUGGCACAUUGGAAAUGAGUCAUUCGGCCGACCGUGGCAGUCUGGAGACGUAGUUGGCUGUAUGAUUGACCUGAUAGAUAUGAACAUCAUGUUCACACUGAACGGGGAAAUGCUUAUUUGUGACUCAGGCUCUGAAUUGGCCUUUAAAGACAUAGAGAUUGAAGAAGGUUUCAUCCCUGUCUGUACAUUGGGCUUGUCCCAGGUGGGCCGCAUCAACCUGGGUCAAAAUGUUAGCAGCCUGCGCUACUUUACCAUCUGUGGUCUACAGGAGGGCUUUGAACCCUUCGCCAUCAAUAUGAAGAGAGACAUCACCAUGUGGUUCAGCAAGAGUCUGCCCCAGUUUGCACCUGUGCCAAAUGACCACAACCACAUAGAGGUAUCUAGUGUAGAUGGAACAGUAGACAGUGCCCCCUGUUUGAAGGUGUUCCACAAGACCUUUGGCUCCCAGAAUGCCAACACUGAUAUGAUGUUCUUCAGACUGAGCAUGCCCGUGGAGUUCCAUGAGGUCUUCAAGAUUACAGCGGGCACCACACCUCUUACCCGUGCCCUCACCAUCCCUGAGGAUGAGGUGCUGGAUCUUGACCCUGACUCAGAGUAUGAGCUUCUGAAGAAAUCAGCCAGUCGUAAGGAACAGGAAGAAAAAGAGCCAUCAGUUGCCAAGGAUACUGCCAGUCUCAAGGAGAAUGAAAAGGACACAGCCUCAGAAAAAGGAAAGAAGAAGGGUUUCUUGUUCAAGGCUAAGAAAGCUGCUAUGACCAACCUCACCCAAACUCCUGCUCCUCCACCUAAUGUGCCCCGAUUGGUGCAGGAUGUGGUCCCUGAUGAACGAGACGACCCAAUAAUCAUCCUUAACACCACCACUUAUUACUAUUCAGUGCGCAUCUUUGCUGGGCAAGAGCCCAGUGAUGUUUGGGUGGGCUGGGUCACCCCUGACUUUCAUCAGUAUGACCUCAGCUUUGACCUCAAUAAAGUGCGCAAUGUAACUUUGACCGUUGGGGAUGACAAGGGCAACAUUCAUGACAGCAUCAAGCGCAGCAACUGCUACAUGGUAUGGGCAGGAGAAUUUGGUGGCAACUCCCAGCAAGCUCGUUUUAGCCAAGAAGACUUAGUCAUUGGCUGCCUAGUUGACCUGGCAAACGGUUACAUGAAUUUCACAGCCAAUGGAAAGGAAAUCAACACCUUCUUUCAGGUGGAGCCUAACACCAAGCUAUUCCCAGCAGUGUUUGCUUCACCUUCAAGCCAAAACAUGCUACAGUUUGAGCUUGGCAAGCUGAAGAACAUCAUGCCCAUCUCUGCGGCCAUGUUCCGCAGUGAUCGCAAAAAUCCCGUGCCUCAGUGUCCUCCUCGACUGAUUGUGGAAAUCCUAACACCGGUCAUCUGGAGUCGGAUGCCUAACCACUUCUUGAAGCCAGACGUUGCCCGUGUGAGCGAGCGGCAAGGCUGGAUGGUGGAGUGCACUGAGCCCCUCACCAUGAUGGCUCUGCACAUACCAGAGGAAAACAGGUGUAUUGAUAUCUUGGAGCUGUCGGAGCGUUUGGACCUGAUGAAGUUCCACUACCAUACACUUAUGCUGUACUGCGCUGUGUGCGCUCUGGGCAACAAUCGUGUGGCUCAUGCACUAUGCAGCCACGUAGAUGAGGCCCAGCUUCUCUAUGCCAUUGAAAACACUUAUCUCCCAGGGCAUUUGCGCAGUGGCUACUACGACCUGUUGAUUAGCAUCCACUUGGAGUCAGCCAAGCGUAACCGCUUGGGCACCAACAAGGAGUUCAUCGUGCCUAUGACAGCGGAGACACUCAGCAUCACUCUCUACCCAGGUGAAGAUAAGUCCCAUGAUCUGCCUGGUGUGGGCCUCACCACCUGUCUGAGGCCAAAGCUGAGCUUCUCUUCCAUCAACUUUGUGGGCACUGACGCCGACCUCUAUACCCUCAGCCCCGUCUUUCCUUUACAGGAGCUCAAAACUACGUCCCUGAGCAUGCUAACAGAGGCUGUGACUGAUGGUAGUCAGGCCAUGCGUGAUCCUGUGGGUGGGAGCGUGGAGUUCCAUUUUGUUCCCAUCCUGAAGCUGAUCAGUACUCUGCUCAUCAUGGGCAUCUUCAAUGAUGAAGACGCCAGGCACAUCCUCAAAAUGAUUGAUCCAAGUGUCUUUGGCCCAACGAAGGAAGAGGAAGGAGAGGCGGGAGAAAAGGAAGAGGGAUUGACCAAAGAGGAGGAAGAGGAGGCUAAAGAGGAAGAAGAUACUGGUGCAGCUGAAGAUCUGGUGGAUGAAGGGGUCGGUGAAGAGGAGGAGGAGGAGGCAGAGCUGAAGGACUUAGAGAAGGAGGAAGGCCUAGAUGAAGAACAUGAAAAGACAGAAGAGGAAGGGGGUGAAAUUGAAAAGGUGAAUCGAGAAAAAGCAGAGGAGGAGAAGGAAGUAGAGGAGACCGGAGAAGCUGAACCAAAAGAGGAGGAAGAGGGCCCAGAAGAAGGACUUCUUCAAAUGAAGUUACCUGAGUCUGUUAAACUACAGAUGUGCACCCUGUUACAGUACUUCUGUGACUGUGAGCUCAGGCACAGAGUUGAAGCCAUAAUGGCUUACUCUGAUACGUUUGUGAACAGUGUGCAGUCCAACCAGCGGGUGCGCUACAACGAUCUCAUGAGAGCAUACACCAUGUCGGCUCUUGACACUGCUCGCAAAACACGAGAGUUCCGCUCACCUCCACAGGAACAGUUGAUACUGUUGACCAACUUCAAGCAUGGUCCAGAACAAGAGGACUGUCCUGUCCCAGAUGAUGUCCGGGAAACCCUUCAGGAGUUCCACAAUGACCUGCUGGCCCACUGUGGUGUGCACAUUGAAGAGGAAGAGGAAGAGGAGGAGGUGGACGCAUCCCUGAGUGGAAGAAUCCUAAGUCUGCUGGAUAAGGUGAAGAGCUUGCGCAAGAAGAACGAGGUGGAGGAGGAGGCUGAACCUGAGGAGGAACCCAAGCCCAGCACUCUACAGGAGCUAAUCUCUCACACCAUGAUCCACUGGGUCCAAGAGUCAUUCAUCCAGAACCCAGAGCUGGUGCGACAAAUGUUCAGCCUGCUGCACCGGCAGUAUGAUGGCCUUGGGGAGCUGACCAGGGCCCUGCCCAAGGCCUACGCCAUCAGUGCUGUAUCUGUGCAGGACAGUAUGGAGCUGCUGGAGUGCCUGGGCCAGAUCCGAUCUCUACUCAUCGUCCAGAUGGGCCCAGAAGAGGAGAGACUCAUGAUUCAGAGCAUUGGAAACAUCAUGAAUAACAAGGUGUUCUACCAACACCCCAACCUGAUGAGAGCUUUGGGAAUGCAUGAAACUGUCAUGGAAGUUAUGGUCAAUGUGCUAGGAGGUGGAGGAGACUCAAAGGAAAUUCGAUUCCCUCAAAUGGUGACCAACUGCUGUCGUUUCCUGUGCUAUUUCUGUCGCAUUAGUCGUCAGAACCAGCGCUCCAUGUUCGACCACCUCUCUUACCUGCUGCAAAACAGUGGCAUUGGCCUAGGGAUGCGUGGGUCCACGCCCCUAGAUGUGGCUGCUGCAUCGUGUAUUGACAACAAUGAACUGGCCUUGGCUCUGCAAGAGCAAGACUUGGAGAUGGUUGUGACAUACCUGGCUGGAUGUGGCUUGAGGAGCUGUCCCAUGUUGUUGUCUAAAGGCUACCCUGACAUUGGCUGGAAUCCUGGUGGUGGAGAAAGAUACCUGGACUUCCUUCGCUUUGCUGUCUUUGUCAACGGAGAGAGUGUGGAGGAAAACGCUAAUGUGGUGGUGCGACUCCUUAUUCGCCGUCCUGAGUGCUUCGGUCCUGCCCUGCGAGGUGAAGGAGGUGCUGGCCUACUGGCUGCCAUUGAAGAGGCCAUUAAGAUCUCCGAGGAUCCUGCCAGAGAUGGACCCACAGUGAAGAAAGACAGGCGUUUCGGGUUUGGUGGUGAGCAACAGGAAGAAAACAGGGUGCAUUUGGGAAAUGCUGUAAUGUCUUUCUACUCUGCACUCAUUGACCUGUUGGGCCGCUGUGCUCCAGAGAUGCACUUAAUCCAGGCUGGCAAAGGGGAAGCCCUGAGGAUCAGGGCAAUUCUGAGGUCUCUAGUGCCCAUUGAAGACCUUGUUGGAGUUAUCAGUCUGUCUGUCCAGAUCCCCACUUUUGGAAAAGAGGGUCAGACUAUAGAGCCAAAGAUGUCGGCCAGUUUUGUUCCAGACCACAAGGCGUCCAUGGUACUGUUCCUGGACAGAGUCUAUGGCAUCGACAACCAGGACUUCCUUUUGCAUGUCCUGGAAGUCGGAUUCCUUCCUGAUAUGAGGGCAUGUGCUUCUCUAGACACAGCUGCGUUUUGCACCACAGAGAUGGCUUUGGCUCUUAACCGCUACCUGUGCUCAGCUGUGUUGCCCCUCAUCACCAAGUGUGCCCCUCUUUUUGCGGGCACUGACCACCGUGCCAUUAUGAUCGACUCCAUGCUACACACCAUCUACCGGCUGUCCCGAGGCCGGGCCCUCACCAAGGCCCAGAGAGACGUCAUAGAGGAAUGCCUCAUGUCUCUCUGCAAAUACCUUCGGCCAUCCAUGCUACAGCACUUGUUGAGGAAAUUGGUAUUUGAUGUUCCCAUCCUUAAUGAGUAUGCUAAAAUGCCCCUUAAGCUGCUGACCAAUCACUAUGAGCGCUGCUGGAAGUACUACUGCCUUCCAAAUGGCUGGGCCAAUUUUGGAGUCAGCUCCGAGGAGGAGCUGCAUCUUACUCGCAAGCUCUUCUGGGGGAUCUUUGAGUCUCUGGCACACAAGAAAUUUGAUGCAGAGCUCUUUAAGAUUGCCAUGCCAUGCAUCUGUGCCAUCUCCGGCGCCAUCCCUCCAGACUAUGUGGAUGCCGCCUACUCUCAGACUGAGAAGAAGGCGUCUGUCGAUGCCGAGGGCAACUUUGAUCCUAGGCCAGUGGAGACCACAAACACCAUAAUACCAGAAAGGCUGGAUAUCUUCAUCAACAAAUAUGCAGAACAUACUCACGACAAGUGGGCCUUUGAGAAGAUUCAAAAUAACUGGUCUUAUGGUGAAGUGUUGGACGAAAAUGCCAAGACACAUCCUAUGUUGCGACCUUACAAGACGUUCUCUGAGAAGGAUAAAGAAAUCUAUCGCUGGCCCAUCAAAGAGUCUGUUAAAGCCAUGAUUCAAUGGGAGUGGACAUUGGAGAAGGCCAGGGAGGGCGAGGAAGAGAAGGUGGAGAAGAAAGUCACCAACACCAGGAAAGUGUCCCAUACGGCACAGGCAACCUAUGACCCCAGCCAUGGAUACACUCCACAGCCAAUAGAUGUAUCUAGCAUGGGACUUUCCAGGGAACUUCAGUCUAUGGCUGAGCAGCUGGCUGAGAACUAUCACAACACCUGGGGCAGAAAGAAAAAGAUGGAUCUCCAAUCAAAAGGGGGUGGCACCCAUCCUCUGCUUGUGCCCUAUGACACCCUGACGGCCAAGGAGAAAGCCCGGGAUCGUGAAAAAGCUCAGGAUCUGCUCAAGUUCCUCCAGCUCCAUGGUUUUGCUGUCACAAGAGGCCUGAAAGACAUGGAGCAGGAGAUCUCUUCUAUUGAGAAACGUUUUGCUUAUGGUUUCCUGCAGAAGCUUCUGAAAUGGAUGGAAAUAGCCCAAGAGUUUAUUGCUCAUCUAGAGGCUGUUGUGAGCAGUGGCAGAGUGGAGAAAUCCCCCCAUGAGCAGGAGAUCAAAUUCUUUGCCAAGAUCCUGUUGCCUUUAGUCAACCAAUACUUCAAGAACCACUGCCUCUACUUCCUCUCCACCCCUGCCAAAAUUCUGAGCAGUGGUGGACAUGCCUCUAACAAAGAGAAAGAGAUGAUUGCCAGUAUCUUCUGUAAGUUGGCUGCUCUGGUGAGACACAGAGUUUCCCUUUUUGGAACGGAUGCCUCAGCUGUGGUGAACUGCCUUCAUAUCCUGGCAAGGUCUUUGGAUGCUAGGACUGUGAUGAAGUCAGGGCCUGAGAUUGUGAAGGCAGGUUUGCGCUCCUUCUUUGAGAGUGCUGCUGAUGACAUAGAGAAGAUGGUGGAGAAUCUCAAAUUAGGCAAAGUGUCCAGUCGCAACCAGGUCAAGGGUGUAUCCCAGAACAUCAACUACACCACCAUUGCUCUACUGCCAGUGCUGACCUCACUAUUUGACCAUAUAUCCCAGCAUGGUUUUGGAGAUGAUGUCAUCUUGGAUGAUCUGCAGAUAUCUUGCUAUCGCCUGAUGUGCAGCAUCUAUUCAGUUGGCACAGUCAAGACACCACAUGUAGAAAAGCAAAGACCAGCCCUUGGCGAGUGCUUGGCUUAUCUAGCUGCAGCCAUGCCGGUAGCAUUCCUUGAGUCCCAUCUCAACGAGUUUAAUGGAUACUCAGUCUACACGACCAAGACACCAAGGGAAAGAGCCAUUCUGGGUCUGCCCAAUGAGGUCCAGGAGCUGUGCCCUGACAUCCCUGAACUUGAUAUCCUGAUGAAGGAGAUCGGGGACUUGGCAGAGUCGGGGGCUCGUUACACGGAGAUGCCCCACGUCAUUGAGAUCACACUGCCCAUGCUUUGCAACUAUUUGCCCCGCUGGUGGGAGAGAGGCCUAGAGAAUUACCCUGAACUAGACUCUCAGCUUUGCACGGAUGUUACCUCAGACCAGCUCAACCAGCUGCUGGGUAGCAUCAUGAAGAUUGUGGUCAACAACCUGGGUAUUGACGAGGCCUCCUGGAUGAAGAGAUUGGCCGUGUUUACCCAGCCCAUAGUGAGCAGAGCCAAACCAGAGAUGCUCAAAUCCCACUUCAUCCCCACUAUGGAGAAGCUGAAGAAGAGGUCUGGCAAAGUGGUAGCAGAGGAGGAGCACCUGCGUAUGGAGGGCAAAGCCGAGGACUUGGACAGUGAGGGCAGCACCAUCAGAGAUGAGUUUGCCGUGCUCUGUAGGGACCUGUAUGCUCUCUACCCUCUGCUCAUCCGAUACGUGGACAACAACAGGGCCAGAUGGUUGACAUGUCCCGACCCUGAUGCUGAGGAUCUCUUCAGGAUGGUGGGAGAGGUUUUCAUCUCCUGGUCCAAGUCUCAUAAUUUCAAAAGAGAGGAGCAGAACUUUGUUGUGCUGAACGAGAUCAACAACAUGUCUUUCCUCACAGCAGACAGCAAGAGUAAGAUGAGCAAGAGUGGAGGUUCAGAAGAACGUACCAAGAAGAAGCGCCGUGGGGACCGCUACUCUGUGCAGACCUCUCUCAUCGUAGCUGCUCUGAAGAAGCUGCUUCCUAUUGGCCUCAACAUGUGCUCACCUGCUGACCAGGAACUCAUUAACCUGGCCAAGAUCCGUUACUCACUGAAAGACACAGAUGAGGAGGUGAGAGAGUUCCUGCAGGCAAACCUGCAUCUUCAGAGCAAGGUGGAGGACCCCUCCAUGCGCUGGCAGAUGUCUCUAUAUAAUGAGACUUCUGGGAAGUUGGAAGACGCUGAGAACCCAGAGAAGGUGGUGAAAAGAGUGCAGGAAGUGUCUGCUGUUCUCUUCCACAUUGAGCUGACUGAGCAUCCAUUUAAGUCCAAGAAGAUGGUGUGGCACAAGCUUCUGUCCAAGCAGCGCCGCAGAGCUGUGGUGGCCUGCUUCAGGAUGACACCACUCUACAACGUCCCCAGGCACCGGGCGUCCAACAUGUUCCUGAAUGGGUAUAAGCGUAACUGGAUCAUGACGGAAGGCUACUCUUUUGAGGACAAGAUGAUAGAUGAUCUGUCGAAAGCGAUGGAAGAAGAGGAGGAGACAGAAGAGGAGGAGACAGAAUCCAAGCCUGACCCCCUCCACCAGCUUAUUUUACAUUUCAGCCGAACUGCACUCACCGAAAAAACCAAUCUUGAUGUAGAUUAUCUAUACAUGGCAUAUGCCGAUAUUAUGGCAAAGAGCUGCCACCUUUGUGAGGAAGACGAAGGGGGAGAGGAGGUGGGCGAUGAGGCAGCCUUUGAGGUGCGACAGACAGAGAUGGAAAAGGAGAUGGAGAAGCAAAGGCUGUUGUACCAGCAGUCCCGCCUGCAUGACCGUGGCGGUGCAGAGAUGGUGUUGCAGAUGAUCAGUGCAUGCAAAGGUGAGACAGGCGUCAUGGUGAACUCUACUCUGAAACUGGGCAUCUCAAUUCUCAACGGAGGCAACAGUGCUGUUCAGACAAGAAUGUUGGAUUACCUGAAGGAUAAAAAGGAUGUGGGCUUUUUCUUGAGCCUGCAAGCGCUGAUGCAGACCUGCAGUGUUUUGGACCUGAAUGCCUUUGAGAGACAGAACAAGGCAGAGGGGCUGGGAAUGGUGUCUGAAGAGGGCACAGCUAUGAAGCUAGAACGUGAUGAAAAAGUGAUGGCGGAUGCUGAGUUCACCUGUGACCUUUUCCGCCUCCUCCAGCUACUGUGCGAGGGUCACAAUAACGAUUUCCAGAAUUAUCUACGCACCCAGACUGGUAGCACCACAACCAUUAACAUCAUUAUCUGCACUGUCGACUACCUGCUUAGACUGCAGGAAUCCAUUAGUGACUUCUACUGGUACUAUUCCGGCAAGGACAUCAUUGAUGAACCAGGCAAGAGGAAUUUCUCCAAAGCAAUGACUGUGGCCAAACAAGUGUUUAACAGCUUAACAGAGUACAUCCAGGGUCCCUGCACUGGUAAUCAGCAGUCCUUGGCUCACAGCAGGUUGUGGGAUGCUGUUGUGGGCUUUUUACAUGUGUUUGCUCACAUGAUGAUGAAAUUGGCUCAGAUGCACCCUGACCCAGGACUUCAAAUUGGCGAUCCUUUCUGGAGUAGAACACAUUCGGAGGAUUCUAGUCAGAUUGGACUUCUGAAGGAGCUACUUGAUCUUCAAAAGGAUAUGGUGGUCAUGCUGCUUUCUCUUCUUGAGGGGAACAUUGUCAAUGGCACAAUUGCCCGCCAAAUGGUGGACAUGUUGGUGGAGUCCUCCAGUAACGUGGAAAUGAUUCUCAAGUUCUUUGAUAUGUUCCUGAAGCUGAAGGACAUUGUUGCCUCUGAUGCCUUCCUAGACUAUGUGACAGACCCACGUGGUCUGAUCUCCAAGAAGGAUUUCUCUAAAGCGAUGGACAGCCAGAAGCAGUACUCAAUUACAGAGAUUCAGUUCCUGCUCUCCUGUUCUGAAGCAGACGAAAAUGAAAUGAUUAACUUUGAGGAGUUUGCGGACCGUUUUCAGGAGCCAGCAAAGGACAUUGGCUUCAAUAUUGCUGUUUUGCUGACAAAUCUAUCUGAGCAUGUUCCUCAUGAUACUCGCCUGCAAAACUUCCUGGAACAGGCUGAGAGUGUCCUUAACUACUUCCGCCCCUUCCUGGGCCGUAUUGAGAUCAUGGGAGCCAGCAAGAAGAUUGAGCGUAUUUACUUUGAGAUUAGUGAGGCCAACCGUAACCAGUGGGAGAUGCCCCAGGUUCGGGAGUCCAAAAGGCAGUUCAUCUUUGAUGUUGUUAAUGAGGGUGCUGAGUCAGAGAAGAUGGAGAUGUUUGUCAACUUCUGUGAGGACACAAUCUUUGAGAUGAAUAUCGCCUCCCAGAUUUCUGAGCCAGAAGGGGAAGGAAAUGAGAAUGGAGAUGAUGAAGAAGAAGAGGAGGGAGGAGCUGGUACUGGAGAUCAGGGAGAGGGAGAGGAAGCCAAUGGAGAGGAGGCUCCCCCUGAGACCAGCUCAGCCUUUGCGGACUUUAUCAAGGGUGUAGUGGACUUCUUCAACAUGUUUACCUUCCGCAACCUUCGAAGACGUUACCGCAAGCUGAGAAAGAUGACCGUAAAGGAGAUAAUAGUGGGCCUGUUCACAUUCUUUUGGACUGUCUUCAUGGGCAUCAUUCACUUCGUCUACAGUGUGUGCCGGGGCUUGUUCCUACUCAUCUGGAAUUCAUUGUUUGGUGGUGGCCUGGUGGAGGGUGCCAAAAAGAUUACUGUGACAGAGAUCCUGGCCAGCAUGCCUGAUCCAACACAAGAUGAGGUUCAUGGCGACCUUCCUCCUGAACCUGGAGCCCGAGGUGUGCAAGAGGGUGCAGGUGAUGGUUUAGAGGAGGAUUCUGCCGGAGAAGAGGGAGACGAGGACGACGGGAAGGAGGCAGAUGGAGGAGGCAGAUCUGGCAUCGACGCACCUGGUGGACUUGGAGACAUGGGAGAGACUGAGCCUGAGGAACCCCCCACGCCAGAGGGAUCCCCACUGCUGAAACGGAAACUUUUGGCUGCAGGUGAAAAGGGAGAGGGGGAAGGAGAGGAAGUGGGAGAGGGUGAACCAGAGCCUGUUGAAGAGGAAGCUCCUCCAAUACCUGAGAAAUCAGAUGCUGAGAAUGGUGAGAAGGAAGCUGAGGCUGAGCCAACACAGGAGGAAGAACAGGAGGAGAUAAAAGUGAAGGCCAAAGCCAAAAAAGUGAAAGAACCUGAAGAGGAGGGCUUUGAGCUCUGGAAUGAGCUUGAAAUCCAGAGAAUCAAAUUUAUGAAUUACCUGUCUCGGAACUUCUACAACCUACGCAUGUUGGCUCUGUUCAUUGCAUUCGCUCUCAAUUUCAUCCUGCUUUUCUACAAGGUCUCAGGCAGCCCACGUGGUGAAGACGACGAUGAGGGUUCUGCAUUGUAUGAGGGUUCUGCCAUGUUUGAGGGUUCUGGAUUGUUUGAGGGCUCUGCGGGUGAAGAUGAAGGCUCGGCCAUGGAGGAUGGUGGCGGAGAUGAGGAGGAGGAUGAGGGUGCUGAAUACUUUUACUUAGAAGAGAGCACUGGGUACAUGACACCAGUGUUAUCCAUCCUUUCCAUCGUGCACACCAUCAUCUCUUUCCUCUGCAUCAUUGGUUACAACUGUCUUAAGGUACCCCUAGUUAUCUUCAAACGGGAGAAGGAGCUGGCCCGCAAACUGGAGUUUGAUGGACUCUAUGUCACAGAGCAGCCUGAGGAUGAUGACAUCAAGGGCCAAUGGGACAGGCUGGUUCUGAAUACACCGUCAUUCCCCAACAAUUACUGGGACAAGUUUGUUAAGAGAAAGGCUCUGGAUAAAUAUGGGGACAUCUAUGGCAGAGAGAGAAUCGCUGAACUUCUUGGUAUGGAUCUUGCUGAACUUGAUGUCAGCACACAGCAAGAGAAGAAACCUGAACCAGUCACCUCCAUGUUUUCCGGGAUCACCUCAAUCGACAUCAAAUACCAGCUCUGGAAGAAUGGUGUGGUAUUUACAGACAAUACCUUCCAGUACUUGGUGUGGUAUAUGGUGAUGUCUAUGCUGGGACACUACAAUAACUUCUUCUAUGCCUGCCACUUGUUGGACAUCGCUAUGGGAGUCAAAACACUGCGUACCAUUCUGUCCUCCGUCACUCACAACGGCAAACAGUUGAUGAUGACUGUGGGCCUUCUUGCGGUGGUGGUGUACCUGUACACUGUAGUGGCAUUCAACUUCUUCCGAAAGUUCUACAACAUGAGUGAAGAUGAGGAUGAACCAGACAUGAAAUGUGACGACAUGAUGACUUGCUACCUGUUCCACAUGUAUGUGGGUGUGCGGGCUGGUGGUGGUAUUGGCGAUGAGAUUGAGGACCCAGCUGGUGAUGAAUACGAGCUCUACCGCGUGGUGUUUGACAUCACUUUCUUCUUCUUCGUCAUCGUCAUUCUGCUUGCCAUCAUCCAGGGUCUGAUCAUUGAUGCCUUUGGUGAACUGAGAGACCAGCAGGAGCAGGUCAGAGAGGACAUGGAGACAAAGUGCUUCAUCUGUGGAAUCGGGAGUGACUACUUUGACUCGACUCCGCAUGGCUUUGAGACGCACACAUUGGAAGAACACAAUUUAGCCAAUUACAUGUUCUUUUUGAUGUAUUUAAUCAACAAGGAUGAAACUGAACACACUGGACAGGAGUCCUAUGUGUGGAAGAUGUACCAGGAAAGAGCCUGGGACUUCUUCCCAGCCGGAGACUGUUUCAGAAAACAGUAUGAGGAUCAACUAGGCUAAUGGGGAUUUUAGAAGCAUAUGUGUUUUGGACGAGGAGACAGAGGAGUAGACCAAAGAGGGGAAAGGAAUACAUACAUAGACGCAAACUUGAAACACCUAGCUUUUUAUAUGAAGUUUAAGUGUGUCAAUGAGACCUUAGACAAAACAGCUUCAAAAGAUACGGACAAGACAUGUUUUUUUUUUUACGGAAGCAUUCAAACACCUUGCAUUGUUAACGACCACUCAGACGGACGGUAAACCAAACUGAUCUUCAAUCAAACUUUAACAUUUUAUCAUUGCUCCCAACAUAAAUUGCUGCUGAUUGUAACCCAUCUCAGUGCCUAAUAGUUGUUUCUUAUAAAGCACACUAUGAACUGACACGGAAGUGCUUCAUUAUCAGUAUGACUAGUGCUACAACGGUAAUUAUAGCUUUGCUCUUUUUAUUAGACCUAGUACUACAGUCUGUAGUUUUUAAUCCAAGUGUAACUAAUGCUAGUUUUAAAGUUGUAUUUGAUUAUUUUUGUUGUUUGUGAUAUUGCCACCUCCUACUGUAUGGUCACAAAUAUAAAGUAUUUGUAUUACAAAAAGCAGACAUGAUUGAAGCUGCAUCACCUGCCUGGCACUUAACUAUUUCUCCGAAAGAGAACAUGUACAGCCAGUGGCAGGCCCAUUAUUGUGUCUCCUCCUGGAAAGCUAGUUUCCUAACAGGACGCUCCCUUUAAGAUCCGUCGAGCUGAUUAUAAGUUUGGAAUACAUAAUGAUGUAAGUAAUACCUGUUUAAAUGGGUAAAACCUUAUGUGAGAAACCAGUUUGCACUCUAAUGUCUUACUUUGCGGUGUGAUUCUCACCACAACUAUCCAAGUGUCUAUAACAAUAAUAACAAUAAUAGUAUCAUCAACAAUAGCACAAAAGAGCUGUUCAGAGUUGCUAAUGUGAAAUCAGUCCUUGUGUCUUCACUGAUGAUUUACAAAUUCACAUUGCAGAGAUGCACAGACACAUCUUUACCAUUCAUCCAUUCACUUCAUUGUGGCCAGUGCCAUGCAACGAAACAGAAUAUGUGCUUGGCUUCAUGGAUGUCUUCUGAAGAUAAUUCAUCUUUUAUGAGUACAGUUAUCUACCUUGUUUCUUUGAAGCUUUAAAGUAUAAAGCCAUUGUGUUUUCUGCUGACAAAGGAUUUUUAUCAUAGUUAUUUUCAGCAAAGUGCUCUCUUAUUUUUAUUUAUUGAAUGAUUAAUAUUGAAGGACAAACAACGGGUUGUCAUUUCAAAUGUUAAUGACCACCAGAAUUAUGUGUGCACACUCUCUCACAUACACACAUCUUUAUUUUGACCUUUGACACGAUGUGGGUUGUGAUCAUGGCAAUGUGUGAGGUAAUGUAUGCCAGGAAUGAUGACAUGUUGGCCCAGAGAGAGGAAUGCCAUGGCUGACAAGUAGAGAAAUAAGAGAUUUCUAACUGUGUGCCAUCUGACUGAAACCUGUGUCUCAAAAAAGAAAUAAAUAAAACGGAUUUAAAUAUUUUAACAGCA